AUGUCGCACAGGCAAUCAAAAAAACAAAAAACAUCGAAAAUGUUUGAUUUCGACGCCAUUCAGGCCAGAAUUCAGUCGAAGGAAAAGUGUAUUCGCGAAAUUCGGCAGCAAAUUAACGCUUUGAAAGAAUUGGAUCUGCGUCGCUUCGUGACAGAAAAUCACGAUUUAACUCAAGAUGAAGCGCUACAAAUACUCGGUAGCUCACUUUCGAUCGAAGGUCUUUUUAAUCUAAGAAAGGCUAUCAACCACGUUCCGGCUAACAUCGUUCGCGUGGUCGAUGGAAUCUCCCUGCGCUCGAUGUUAAUACACAAAGUUUUUAACAUUUUGUCAUCACCCACGUGUGCUACAACCAGCAACGAAGCGACAGUAUCCGUUGAGGAUCUUGAACUGUAUACGGAGUUUGCGGAAAAGUAUUGUUCGUUGUUCCUAGCCAAGAAAGACGAUGGUGAUGUGUUGUGGAGGCUUACGGAGCAGGAACAGUCUACGCCUUUCAACAAGUUUCUUACGCCUCCAGUGUCCUUGUGUAUGCAGUGUGAUAGGAAGCUAACUAUUCGCAAUAAUCCAUGCAAGGUUACCCUUUUCACGUUGAACGGCCCGAUUCCGUGUUCCAAAGUGACCUUGGAGUGUAGGGAGUGCUGCCAAAUCUUUGGAGUUUGUAACUAUACUGACGCAUCGGGAAAGCACUUUUAUCCCUCAUAUAUGAGUAUUGAAAUGGUGGAGAUCAGCAAUGUGACCUAUUUCGAGCUGAGUUUAUAUAAGUGGUUUCCAUCCCUGAGGUGAGUGCUUCUGAACAAUCUUCUUUAAACAUUCUUUAUAGACAAAACGUUUAUACUAUUAACUAAGACUGGUAUUUUAUACUUUUUGCACAUAGUAAUCAUAGUUGGGUGUCCUUCAGUGGAUUUGCCGAGUCAUAUAAUGAUGUGUAUGAGAAGGAAAUUCAACGUUAUGGUUCUAUUUUAAAAGGUUGGUUGCAUAUUUAGUGCAUUUUAUAUUAAUUAGACUUAUUACCAGCCGCAGUAGGUCACAGUUUUAGCAUAGCCAUGUUUGUGGUGGUGCAGAGUGUGUCAAGCCAUGGUGCAUUCUGUGUAAACCUCACAAGUCAUGCCUAAGAUGAUGUGCCAGUUGAGGUCAACUUGUGUGCUGACCCCAGUAUUUAGUUUUCACCAAUUUCGUACCCUUUUUUGUUUACAGUAACCCAAGUAUAUGUGCCCUACUUUGGUAUUUUACUCUGUUUAACGCCAGACAAUUUUACUCAUCAAGGGGAGAGUGCUGGGCUUAAUGGGUUACACUGAUUUUCGGCACGUAGGGACUGGUCGUAAAGUAAAAGGGGUGGGGGUGUGCUGGGAAAAAAUAGGGGGUGGGUCACUAUUUUUGAGCAUGGUUGAAGGGGUGGGUCAUCGAAUGUUCAGUGCAAUCAUAAGGGUGGGCCAUGUAAAAAUAUGCAGAAAUUUUUCAAGGGCAUGUGUAUUAAAAUUCAUAUUAUAAAAAUAGAAAUAAAACUUAUCAGGAUCCAUGUGUAAAAUUUAUACCACAAAUGUUAACCUCAAACUUAAAAGCUGAAUUUACUGUCUUGGCUAGUGGCUAACUAAUUUUGUCUGAUAAUCAUUGCUAAAUGUCAUGAGCUUGGUGUAGGAUGUUUAUUACAUAACAAAAUGAGUGUAAUUUCUACAAGAGCAUAGUUAUUUAAAUCACAAUCAUCUUUAGGGGUUUGGCGUUAGCUGUAAAUGUCAAACUAAAGGUCUCUAAUUAUGAGAAAGAUAUUGCAUAAUGCAGUAUGCAUGCCAUGCAAAGAAAGACCUUUCUGUAUUUAAUUCAGGGCCAGUCUUUUAACAUAUAGACUGGGGAGGACAUGUCCCCCCAGCCCUCUUACUCCUCCCUCCAGUCGGCAAUUUUGUCCCCCCCCAGUGAGGUCCCUAAGAACUACCUGCAGUAAGUGUUCAACCAGCAAUUAUGUAUCAAAGUGAGAAAACGAUGUUAAGUUGUGAACAUUUCUGAAUUUGACCAUCAUGUGCAGGCCUGUAACUAGCUAUGAGCCAACCGAGUCAGUUGACUUGGUAGGCCAGAAUUUGGGGACUGAAAUUUAAACAUUGCCAGAAACCGAAACCAUGACUGAAAUAAUUUGCUCGUGGAACAAAGCAUGAAGUGGCAUGUUAGGACGAAAUUCUAGUUUACAGUAGUUUUUCCAAGCAAAGAUAUUCCAAAGAGACCACUCUAUCUUGCUCUUCAGUGACACUGAGAAGAUGAAUGCAUCGAUUUCAAGUACCCCAAUACAUGUAAUACAGCACUGUAGAAUUUGAAGUGUGGUGAAUGAUAAUACUAUACCACACACACAUGUUAAUUACUGCAUCAUCACAUCAUGUUGCCUUACUAUGUUGACUGGAUUACAUUUGGGAGACUGUGAAAUUGUAGUGAUUGUGUCACUGUUUAUAAGGUUAAUUUCUUGUUGGAAAACUCCACAAAAUGCGGGAAAUAGCUUAUCUGAGCUUCAAGAAAUCCAACUCAUGCCCCUCUACAAGCUUGCACCUUUGGUGGUCGACGCAGUUGUCUCAGAAUCCUAGUUACAGCCUGAUCUGCUUCCCUAUGACGUAUACUUAGCAUGCACAUAUAUGCUGGUAGCUGCAGUGAUACAGACUUGCUGACUGGAACUUCUCCAGGUCCCCCGCUAAAUAUGUCCCCUCCAAUGUUUGUGCAGCUAUUAAGAAAUUUGUAACAGUAGCUAAAUGUUAUAAAAUAUGUUGAAAGUGCUAUUGGUGAGUGUUUUGAGGUAAGGGACUGGUCAUAAAGUAAAAGGGAGGCGGGGUGGGCUGGGAAAAUCAUAUAUUUGGUGUAUGCGCUUUUGGUAGCCCCUUAACUCCGUAAAAAUUAGAGGCCAAUCCAAUCACCAGGUGAUUAUCAGUUUUAUUACUUUAAGUCUCACUUUCAGUAAUAACUUGAUUAAUGUGCUUUCUGGAAUACUCAGUAUGCAACUGUGGUACUAAAGGUAAGAAAAAUUGAUUUGUAUGUAAUUUUUGUUUAGAUGCAUCAAAGAUUGAUGAUGAAAAUGAAACAGAUCAGGAUGAAAAGAAUAUUG